AUGUGUCCUCUACCGGAAACGGCUGAACACAUCCUUCUCCUUUGCCCUUGGGUGGAACCUGUUUUGUUCGGAUGCUCCCUCAACCUGCGUAUAAAUCGUCAGGCUGUGACAUCUUUUGGCCAGUGGUUAUGGAAUGUUAUUCAGAAAGGGAAGACCCUACAGGAGCGAUCACGAUGCCUAACUAUUAUCGCAUACCUCUCCUGGCAAAUUUGGAAGGAUCGGUGCAAAGCGGUGCUGGAACAUUUCUCCCUUUCACCAGCUAGAACUAUUCAUGCUGCCUCUAUUGCCAUCAAUGAAUUCCUUGGCUCCCUUGAUCAUGGCAGACAUCAAACUGAGCCUCCCACCCUCUCUAAUGACAACCAGCAACAUUUGUGGAACCCCCCUGCUUCUCCUUUUGUCAAGGUUAACGUGGAUGCAUCCUGGAAUCAAAACUCAAAAAGGGUUGGCAUUGGAAUCCUGAUUAGGAACACCCAUGGAGAUUUUAUCAAGGGUACAUCCAUCCCAUCAGUGGCGAACUCUGCUAUAGAGGUUGAGGCACUAGCUUGUCUUGAAGGUUGCAAACUCACUGCUGAAAUGGGUUAUCGUCAAGUCUCUUUUGAAUCUGAUUGCAAGGAAGUAAUCUCUCCUUUGAAGGGCUCCUUAUCCAAAGGAAAGUGGGGAAUCUAUCCUAUCCUAAGUAAUGUUCGGGAUGUUUUGAACUGCUUCCAGACCUACGUUUGGACGUGGAUUCCUAGAACCGCUAACCAGGCGGCAGAUCAUUUGGCAAUGCUUGCCAAUUCGAGGAUGAGCCCGGAAGUAUGGGUCAACCGACCCCCAUCCUCCCUAAUGCAUAUCCUAAACAAGGAUGGUUUACCAUGUCCCCCAAGGAGUGCUUAA